AGGCUCUCUCCCGAGGAACGCAGAUCUCUCCAAGAAGUUUUACUACCUGCACUGACCUAUCGGCGGCAUCAGUGAUCCGAAGAAGCCUCAGAACAAAAUGCACAAUUCUAGUGUCUUUAGUUGUAUAAAUAUAACAACUCGUCCUCGUCUUGGCUCUUCGUUUUCAUUCCUAUUAUCACUUUUCGUCCGAAUUUCUACUAUCUAUCGUUUAGCUCAGUGUAGACAUCGAAUCUUAUCAAUCAUACCACACUGCAAUACCCAGAAUAGGUAUUGUGCAUCACUCGCUUGCUCCUCGGAAAAAGACUUGGAGAAGCACUUGGAGGCGGUAAACGCACACAUGAGCGAUAAAGGAAAACGCCCCAAGAAGUGGGCUUUGUUGAUUGGUGUUAACUUCUAUGUCCCAGGUGACGCCAGGCAUCCUGUUCAUGCUAGAAGUCUAUUUGGCUGUGUCAACGAUGUUGGUAUCGUCUAUGACUAUUUUGUGCAGCAACAGGGCUUCGAAGAGAAUCGGAUUGAAAGAUUGACGUCCACUCACCCACCAACCGUGGACGAAGGGACCAAAAAAACCUCACCUGAGCCUAUAGAAGAGAGGCGGAAACGGCCAUCUUAUAAGAACAUCAUCGGCGCGUUGACUCAUAUUUUGGAACAGGCUGAGUGUGGUGAUAUCGUCUUUAUCCACUACGCCGGGCACGGUGCCCGAGCCAUUACUUUAAUCCCGCAUAUCAAAAAGCCCAAUCCUGACCGUCCAAACCGUCCUGGCGUCGAUGAAACACUAGUACCUUACGAUUUCAAUCUCGGUGGCCGAUAUGUCCGAGAUAUCGAGAUAGCAGUUCUAUUAAAGGCAAUGGUUGAGAAACAGUUAUAUGUGACCAUGGUUUUAGAUUGCUGCCACUCGGGUGGUGACGAUAGAGACCCAGGAAAUGAAGCUGGUGUUCGAAAAAUUGGGGGCACCGAUGCAGAAGGUAUAGAUUGGCGGCAAUUGCCGGGCGAUACGGAGUCUGACAUUGGUAUGGAUAUUAUCAAGUCUGCACUGACACCUGAAAUCUGGGCACAGAGUUCAGUAAGUGACCCUUGACUCGUACGACAUGGUUAUACAUUGAUCGCCGCAUGCCUUUCUCGCCAAUACGCACAAGAAGAUUGUAAUAAAGAUCGAAUUGAGGGGACUAAUACGGGCAUUAUCAACGGAUUACUCUCCUACUACUUGAUACGGACUCUUCGUUCCGCACCUGGCCCAUUGUCACCUCAAGCGCUAAUUCAAAGAGUCAGCCCACUAGUUCGGGAA